CUAGCAUUCGAUAAAUGUAUGACGUUUAAAUCAGUUUCUGUUCGGCCUAAUUUUUAAUGAAACCUGGGCUGUUUUACCGACGCGGAAUUCGUUGUGAUGUGAUUUUUAAAUUAAUUCUCGUACAUUUUCAAACAUCAACGGUUUAUCAGACCUGCAGCUUCUAACCUCAAUUGUCCAACAGACACGCGACAAUUUUACGCGCAAAGUGUAAUUAGAAAUCUAUACGUGUAUAGUUUAUAUACUUGUACAUAAAAUCGUGAUUGUUAACAAGUAAUUAUAAACAAGUUACUUAAAGUAUAGUCCAAGUAAAAAGUAUGUUGGGAUUUCAUACACUUUUUAAUAAAGGAAGGUGUGCAGUUAUUGGGAUGGUACAUGUUGGUGCACUGCCUGGAUCACCUUUGUAUGGUGGUGAUACAAGAAAAAUUUUAGAUAAUGCUAUAAAGGAAGCAUUAAUAUAUAAAGAUUGUUAUGUUGAUGGUAUCUUGGUGGAAAACAUGCACGAUAUUCCAUAUGUAGGGCCCAAAGAUAUAUCUCCAGAAACUACAGCAUUUAUGACAAGAAUCUGUACAGAAAUUAAAAGAGCAUUACCUGAUAAUUUACCUUGUGGUGUACAGAUUUUAGGAGGAUGUAACAAAGAAGCAAUGGCUGUAGCAAAAGCUGCUGAUUUUCAGUUUAUUAGAGCAGAAGGAUUUGUUUUUUCUCAUAUUGCAGAUGAAGGUUUUACAGAUGCAUGUGCUGGCUCUUUAUUGAGGUACAGAAAGCAGAUUGAUGCAGAAGAUGUUCUUAUUCUUGCUGAUAUUAAAAAAAAACAUAGUUCACAUUCAAUCACUUCUGAUGUAAGCUUAUCAGAAACAGUAAAAGCAGCAGAAUUUUUCUUAGCUGAUGGAAUAAUACUGACGGGCACUGCUACUGGUGAUCCAGCAAGUGCAGCAGAACUUAAAGUCAGGGACUGUGCACUGACUUUGAGGCAGCUAUCUCUGAACAACAGAGUCAAGCUGCUAUGGGUACCAGGUCACGCUGGUAUCUCAGGCAACGAGAGGGCUAUCGAAUUGGCGCGACUGGGGGCGACAAGCUCCCAGCCAUACCAUGAGUACCCUAUUGGGGUCUCAACCUAUGCAUUGAAGGGCCUGGCUAAAGAAUGGUUAAACCAAGAAUUCACCAGGCUAUGGCAAAACGCUAACGGCAUGAGACACACGAGGGCCUUACUUGAGGGACCGUCACAGAAGCUGGGUGACACCUUAACUCACCUGGACAGGGCGCAGCUGCGCAUGCUCAUGGGCCUAGCGAUAGGACACUGGUACAUACACGAGGAAACACCUCGCACGCAUGGGACUCACAGAGGAGUCGACAUGCCCGAGGUGUGAGGAGGUGGAUGAGACACCCCUCCACGUACUUCUAAGAUACAGGGAACUAAGGGCCCUAAGAGGAUCAAUCCUGGGGACCUCGGAACUCUCGUCAUUAAGUAUUUCGGCUGGCUUGGUGCCGGCGCUUCUAAAUUUCGCAAUAUUAGCCCAGCUACCAAGGCACAGCCAGUAAGGAGGCUGCCUAGCGGCCCGGGUACAAUGGUCCCCAGGACUGAGUGCGCGGCUAGCCUCAACCAAAUAAUAAUAAUAAUAAAUUUAAAUUUACGCGCCAUUAUUUAUUGUUUUCCCGCGCUUUUGUUCGCGGCAACGGGUAUUCCCCGAGAAGAGUACAAAACAAUGGUGAAUUUGUUGAAAAAAAAUUAAAUUUAGAAA